CUUGCUAAACGCCAUUAAAAGAAGAAGAAGAAGAAGAAGAAGAAGAAGAAGAAGGAGAAGAAGAAGGAGAAGAAGUAGAAGAACCGGUCCGAGCCAAUGAAUGGGCGACUGGGAGGAAACAUUGACCGACACUUCUCCUCCUAAAUGGCCUUUUGUUGUAACAUGUUGGAGCUGCGACUGGUUCCGUGAACGCAGCUCUAAAAACCGAAGUUCCAAUAGAAACCGACCCAGAACUCGCGUCCAGUCGUCGGCGACUUUCCGGGUGUGUUUGGGUCCGUGCGCGCUGGUCCGACCCCGGGACAGACACCGCAGAGAUGCCCGGCAGCGGGGGCUUGGCCGACGGCCUUCUGUCCUACGAGACGCUGGUUCACGCGGUGGCAGGUGCGAUGGGGAGCGUGACAGCCAUGACCGUCUUCUUCCCUCUGGACACGGCCAAAAGCAGACUGCAGGUGGAUGAGAAGAGGACGUCCAACUCCACCCACGUCAUCCUGGCUGAGAUAGCAAAGGAAGAAGGCCUUCAGUCCCUGUACAGAGGCUGGUUACCAGUCAUCUCCAGCCUCUGCUGCUCCAACUUCGUCUACUUCUACACCUUCAACACCCUAAAGAAGCUGGCGGCGUCUGGUCCAGGGAAGUCCAGACCCGCCAAAGACCUGCUCAUGGGGGUCGUAUCGGGGAUGGUGAACGUGAUCCUGACCACUCCCAUGUGGGUGGUCAACACUCGACUGAAGCUGCAGGGAGCAAAGUUCAGGGACGAAGACCUCCAGCAAACACACUACAGGGGCAUCUUUGAUGCUUUCUCACAGAUCGUAGCCAAUGAGGGUGUGGCAAUGCUGUGGAACGGCACUUUGCCCUCUCUUAUCCUCGUCCUCAACCCGGCCGUGCAGUUCAUGUUUUAUGAGGCCAUGAAGAGGAAGGCGGCCGAGGGAGGGAAGAAGAUUUCCUCAGCAGAGAUCUUUCUCAUCGGAGCCGUUGCCAAGGCCGUUGCUACCACGGCAACAUAUCCUCUCCAGACCGUUCAGGCCAUCCUGAGGUUCGGCCAGUACAAAGGUGAUGGAAAGGGCGGCGUGAUCGGAGGCCUCUCAAACAUUUUCUCCCUGCUAAUGGACAGAAUCAAGAGGUAUGGUGUUCUGGGUUUGUACAAAGGCCUGGAGGCCAAGCUGCUGCAGACGGUACUGACGGCCGCCCUCAUGUUUGUGGUGUACGAGAAGAUCACUGCUGCCACCUUCAAAGUCAUGCGCCUGAACCAGAAACUGAAGCGGUGAAUACAGCAGUGCGUUGGUACAUGUUUUUUUGUUUUUUUAACAAUGAUAUGUUGAAGCCAGGAAUUGAUGCAUUCAUGUAAACGUUGCAAUGAGAGGCAAAACGAACACUGUGAGAAGAGCCGGGUGCGAUGCUUAGAAUACCCUCUCUUUUUUUAACCUCUAACUGGUCUUGAUUUGAUCUCUGUUGAGAUGGUGACCGUACCAGCUGAGAUUUUAAUCACAAUACUACUCAAAGGGAAAGUGGACAUCAUUUGGGGAAAUACCCCUAUUUGCUUUCUUCCCGAGAGAUUGAUGAGAAGAUGGAUGCCACACAUUAGAUGGGACUCCUGGGAAUUACUGAUCAAAGUAAUAGUUUGAGAUUUGACGCUUUUAUACUACAACCGGUAAAUAAGUGAGCUUAUGGGGUGCUGGUUGGUGGGUUUAACUAGCUGUCUUUGUGCGAUAUAACUGCUGCAGCUUCAUUUCAACCGUUUCAAACACAAGAGUGGUCGCAAUCUUCUCAUCGAAAUUUCAAAUGUAUAGAAAUAAAAGCUUAUUUCCCCAAAUGAGAAAACUUUUCCUUCAACUUUCGGGAUAAGUUAAGCUUCCCACUUCCAGUCGGGGUUGCCUCGACGUAAGCUACCCGAAACAUUCCUCACACUCCGUCUUAUGUUUUAAUUUAACCGAGUUGAUAGAAUCUUCAUGGAAUUCCUGCCAGAUGAAGGUAUGAUGUCAUUAUUACACACAGAUCAGCAGUAGUCACAAUAAUGUUAAAAGGGAGGGAAGCUCCCAAUUUACAAACUCCAUGUGUAAAAUCUGCUCUGAAAAGUCUUAAUUUAAACAAUUCUAAUGUAUUAAGAACAAAUGAAUUUAACAUAAAUGGGAAUGAGUACUUGACAAUACUUACAUGUGUAUAAAUACUGCAGUAGGCGCCUCUAACUGUGAUGACUGUUGACGAUUUACACAAAUCCAUGAUGCACCCAACAGCUCUACUGCCUGAUUGUUGUUUUUUGGUAUUACAUGUUGCAGUAAAUGAAAGUAUUAGUUUUGCAGCCUUUCACCUUGAA